CGUCAUUACGGUAACUGUUCUCGCUGUCAAACAUGGCGCUUUCCUGUUCGAGGCUGUGCAGCCGGUUGUCUUUGACCCGACUGAGUGGCCUGACCACAAACAGGACAACAAAUGGCGUUUAUUUUCAAGACUUAUCCUGUCGGUCCAGGUUGCCGUUGUGCAGGCAUUACACUUCUUCUAAAGUUAGACGAGGCAUUGGACGAUAUGUUUCCUCCAGACUGCAGUGGGUAAAUGCCAAAUAUGAAGGCUUCCUGAAAAGGCGAUUUCCUCGGUUUUUCCUGCUUUACCACACCUUUGUGGAAGGAUUCAGGAUGCUGUUCCAAGAUGCCAAAGAUGUGAGGAGGAUAAAAAUGAAAAUGAUGUUUGGUGAAGUAAAGUUCCCAGAUUUACACUACAGGGAGAUGGAAAAACUCAGACAGUUUCGCAGAGACCUAAUAAAGGCCGUCCCACUUGUGGUCAUAGCCAUUCCUCCCUUUGCAAACUACCUGGUUUUUCUCCUGAUGUACUUUUUCCCACGUCAGCUCCUGAUUCCUCAUUUCUGGACUCCCCAGCAGCAGCUGGAGUUUCGGAGAUUGUACCAUUUGCACAGAGCCCAGUACCACCGGCCACUUCUCAAAGAGCUCGAGAACACGAGCCACCGUGUCAAAAACCAUCACCUGCAAGGUCUUCUGAAGAACCUCUGCGCUAAGGUGCAAAGCGGAGAAAACCCUAAAGUGUCUGAAGUCCUUGCUGUCAGAGGUUUGUUCUCUGGAGCCCCGCUGGCCGUGGACACGUUGAGCAAUAAUCAAAUGAGACACAUCAGUUCCCUCCUCUUCCUGACACCUCGUCUCCCCGGUUUCCUGAUUGGUCGACGGCUGAAGCGCCACGGCCUGGAGCUGCUCCAGCUGGAUCGAGCCCUGAGCCGACUGGGCCCUCACCAGCUCAGUGACUCUGAGCUCAGACAGGCUUGUUACGUACGAGGGAUCAACGCUGACAGUCUGGGUACCAAUCAGUCUCGUCAGUGGCUGUCCCACUGGCUUCAGGUGUCCUCCGCGUUGAAAGAGUCAGAGGUCUCGCUUCUUUUGCACUGCAUCGCUCUUCUGUCUGCGAACUACCCCAGCGCUCCAAGCCGUCACUGACAGGAAGCCUGCAUCUGUGAUUAUGGUCACUUUAGUAUCACGUUGCACAACUUCCUAAGAGUUGGCAACAUCCCCCCCACUAUUGCGAAGAAAUACAGAAGGUUUCAAAAUAAAAACCAUCACUGGAUUUCGAUGCUUAUCUGAAGGAACAAGCGGCGCCUAAACUCGGCGACACCAUCUUCUGAAAAUAUGACGUCAAAGUGUCUUUAUCAGCGAGAAGAGAAGUUUUUGUUUGAAGCUUUGAUCCUUAGCAGGAGGUUUCAUUUCAUAUGACGCACUUAGCUAUUGUGCCUUGCAAAUGUAUUCACACCUCUUUAAUUUUUUUCCAAAUUUCUUCACCCUAGAGCCACAAACAUAAAUGUACUUUAGUUGGGCUUUCAUGCGAAACACCAACAACAACAAAAUAGCACAUCCACGUGGAAGCAAACGGUUUCAUGUUUUUGUUUUUUAACAUUCCUUUGCGAAACUUUUCACAGAUUCCUAGCUCUUGACUUUGACUAGGACGUUCUGACAUGAAAAUGAUCUGUUGUUGCUGUGUUGGGUCGCUGUCCAGCUGGAAGGUAACUUUAGCCCAACUCUCAAGUCCUGUGUGGCCUCUAACAGAUUUUGUCCUCCGUUUAUCUCCAUCCAUCCUCUCAUCAAGUCUGACCAGCCUUUUCUGCCCCAGCUGAGUGAAACCAUCCCCACAGCCCGUUUCCACCAUGUACCAUCCGGUGGAACAGAAUGUUUUCAUUUUUUUUGUAUAUCUUACCAGAACUCGUCAUCCGAUGUUCCCCGAGUGAGAUUAAAUCACUCUAUUCAGUCAUUUUUAAUGCCUCUUGAUUGCACUGGGUUUUAUUUAGGUGUAUCAGAAGAAAAUGCUUAAACCCACACUUUUCAGAUUUCUAUUAGUACUUUUUGAACAUUGUAGCCUUUUACUUUCACUUCACAAUUAAGCACGUUGCUUUUGGUCUAUCACGUAAAAUCUAAAUAAAAAUUAAUAAGCUUUGUGGUUGUACUGUGACAAAAAAUGAAAAAGGUUGAGGGGGUGUGAAUACUUUUUGGUGGCACUGUAUGAAAAUAAGCAAUGUUGAGGAUUAAAAUGAUUAUCCUUCCUGUUUCUCUGGUCCUUUAGUGCUUUUACAUGUGCAUAGCUUCUGCUUUUGUCUGAGUGUGCACAUCGUUGCACAGCUACAAAUGCAAGUUGGAGAAACAAAAAGACGAUUUUACUUGAGAGAAAAAAAUAUAUAUAGUUGAUGGAACAAUUCCUACUUCAGUAAUAACCAAUGUAAGCAGAGCUUUUAUGUCAGCAUUCAGAAUGUAUGGACGUGUCAUCAAACGUGUGCUGUAUUUCCUCGUGCUGUUACCUCGCUUUGUGUUUUGUUUUUACUUUAUUUUCCGACUCGGGUACUGCUGGUCAUGACAAAGCUGUUUAAAAGUCUAAAAGAGGAACGUUUCUGUUUUUUUUUUUUUG